AUGGUCUACCCAUUCCAGCCUUGGUCAAGAGACCAGUCGAGCGUCCGCUCCUCGCUCAGCGAGGCCAGCUCCAGCAAUCACCAUGCAUACUACGAUCUCAGCUACAGCACAUACUCGCCCAUGUCGAGCAUGCCUCCGCCGCCGCCGCCACCGUCUCUCAACGACGACCUACUCGACAUCAACCCGCGAAAGUGCUCCUUCUCAUCCAACUCCAUGAACAACGCCUGUGCAUUCCCCUCAUGGCCCAACCGCCCGUCUCUCAUCAGCGCCUCCUCCGAGGGAUCCUCAGCCAGCGCCUACCUUUCCGAUGAGGACCUGUUCCCCGAUGGCCCCAUCACCCCAGAGCCGGUUGACGAGGAGUCGGCAGCCCACGACCCGCGCAUGGGCUCGACCAGCCUGACCACCGAGCAGCAGAUCCAGCUCCUCCGAGCCGCAGCUGAAGAGGAGGCCCAGCGCGCGCGCUUCCUCGCGCAGGUGCAAGCACAUGCCAAAGCCCAGCAGGCCAUCCGCGUUGCUCAACUUGCAGCCACCGAGAAGGAGUCGAGCAAGCGCACCAAGAAGCGCAAGCCGAUCGUGGCUGAGAAGAAGCGUCGCACCACCUCCCACUCCAAGACCGUCGUCUACCGCGCGUAG